AUGGCUGAAGAUAUUGAAGAGAUUCUUGCUGAGAUCGAUGGAUCCCAAAUUGAAGAAUACCAGAAAUUCUUCGAUGCUUUCGAUCGUGGAAAGCAAGGUUAUAUCAUGGCCACUCAAAUCGGACAGAUCAUGCACGGCAUGGAACAAGAUUUCGAUGAGAAGACUCUGCGUAAGUUGAUCCGUAAGUUCGACGCUGAUGGUUCUGGAAAGCUUGAGUUUGAUGAAUUCUGCGCUCUUGUCUACACAGUUGCCAACACCGUUGAUAAGGAAACACUUGAGAAAGAACUGCGUGAAGCUUUCCGUCUUUUCGAUAAGGAAGGAAACGGAUACAUUUCACGACCAACCCUCAAGUCUCUCCUCAAGGAAAUCGCCGAUGACCUCACAGACCAACAAUUAGAGGAAGCUGUCGACGAAAUCGAUGAGGACGGUUCAGGAAAAAUUGAAUUUGAAGAGUUCUGGGAGUUGAUGGCUGGAGAAUCUGAUUAA